UCUAAGGACGCCGAAGUCUAGAGUGUGAGACCGUGAGAGCGCCUACUUAAGUAUGAAUAUUCUGCUCGGCUUUACAGCAGCUGAUAGGUCAUAGGUAUAUAGUAGGUCACAACCGGCGCGGGCGCACAAACAUUUUUUUUUAUAAUAAUAUCUUUGGUAUCAGUACCUAUUGCUUAUAAAAUUGCUCGGAUUGUACAAUAUUUAAAUUCGCUAAAGUUUUAUAUUUUUAUUAGAAUGCUAUACAUUUUUACAAUUUUUUAAAUUAAUUUCAAAAAGCAUAGACAAUAUGUCAAUAUGCGAUUUGAACUAUUGACAUUUUAAUGUGCAUCAGUUGGUACUUGAGGCUGCCCCCCCCGGCAGCCGUCGCCCACCAGGUCUGAGCACACGCUAUUUCCGACUGACAGUUGCGUGUGUAGAAUAAAGAAUUGGAAUAUUCAUGUAAGUAGAUUGUCGUUUUGUUGCCAAGGUAACAACGAACUAAAAGGAGCUAAGUUCUCUAAAUAAACACAGUAAGUCAAGAUGGUUCUAUUAGGAGAAGUUUUUCCGAAUUUCAUUGCAAAAACAAACGUUGGAGAAAUAGAUUUCCACAAGUGGCUUGGAGACUCAUGGGGAAUCUUGUUUUCACACCCGAAUGAUUUUACACCUGUAUGCACAACUGAGUUAGCAAAGGUUGCUAAACUAAUGCCAGAAUUCCAAAGGUUGGGUGUAAAGGUCAUUGCAAUUUCAUGCAAUUCUGUUGACUCUCAUCGACAAUGGAUUGAGGAUAUUAAAUCGUAUGGAGAAAUUUCAGAAAAUGGAUUCCCUUAUCCAAUUAUUGCAGAUGAAACACGAGAUUUGGCAAUAAAUUUGGGAAUGCUGGACCCUGCUGAAUUGAACAGCCAAGGCUUGCCUGUGUCUGCUCGUGCAGUGUUUGUCAUUGAUCCUCAAAAAAAGAUGCGCCUUUCCAUAUUAUAUCCAGCAACUACUGGCAGAAACUUUGAUGAAAUAAUACGAGUCAUUGAGUCACUUCAACUGACAGAGAAACAUAAUGUAGCCACUCCAGCAAAUUGGAAGAAAGGAGAGCCAGUUAUGGUAGUGCCUACAAUUUCUGAUGAAGAAGCCAAAAAGACUUAUGGUUCCAACAUGAAGACUCUUUCUUUGCCUUCUGGUAAGCCAUAUCUUCGUAUAGUUCCUCAACCAACUGAUUCCUGAAGUUUUGUGUUGGAAAUAUAAAAUAAUAAUAAAUACAAGUACGACUGAAUAAUUACAUUUAACAGGAUUUAAUGUAACUUUUUAUACAGAGACAAAUUUAAAGUUGUAUUUUUAUGCUGUUUGAAAUAAAUUUUUUAUUUAAUAAA